AUGGUAACAACAGAUUCGAAGAAUACGAUGUCAAUGAAAGAAAAAUUUGAAUGUGGAAUUUAUUCGUUAGAUUAUAUCCCACGUAUAUUGGAAAUGGAUAUUACGGGUAUAUAUAUAAAUAAGAAUGGAGCUUAUCCAAACGAAAUGGAAUCAUUAGAACACAAAGAUUGGCCAAAACAUAAAGUUUUAACAUAUAAACUAAAAGCAAGUAGUUAUGGUGAUUGGCAAUUCAAUAUUGGAAUGAUAAAUAUGAAACAUUUCGAAGAUCGAGAAAAAUUAGAUGAUUUGUUUGUUGAAAAAAAUCAACGAAUUGCUUCGAAACGAUGUAUAAAAGUUGAUAGAAUUUCGAUUGAAAAAGCUAUUAAAUUAUUUCGCGUCGAUUUUUCAUGCAAUAUGGAUUGGUAUUUAAAAAAUCAACAUGCAAUCGAAGAAGAUUUAAAUCGUCAAGUUUUACCUUUGGAUUUAAACGACGAACGUUUAAUGAAAUCAAUCGAAGAAGAAUUAUUUUAUAAUCAAAUGUGUAAAUUAUUCGGCGAAAAUGAAGAUGAUCAGAACAAACCACAAGAUGAUGUUACGAUUUUUGAAAAAUGUUUUAUUCUUAAAGAUUUUCAUAUACUACAUGCUUAUGAAAAUAAUAUGUUUGCUAGUGCCAAACGUGGAAACUAUUAUCUACUAUUUUCUUUCGUAUUUUAA